AUGGGCAGUGCAGGCACACCUGAUGAUUUCACCCAGUUCAAAGCGGACCACUCGAGCGCCGUGCCUCUAUGGCUUGACGGUCGCCAAGUUAGGACCUCGCGGACUUUUGAGGUCGUCUCUCCUGUCACCGGCAAAACACUUUGGCAUUCGUCGACUGCCUCGAUAACAGAUGCAGAAGCUGCUGUGGAAUCGAGCCAGAAGGCAUUCACAACGUGGUCCAAGACGAAGCCCAACGAGCGAAGAGACAUUAUUCUCCGUGCAGUAGCUGUGCUGGAGCGCCGCAAGGACGAACUCUUCCACUAUACCAGCAACGAGACUGGAGCUACCGCGAGAGCAUUCGCCAAGGACCACGAACUGGCGAUUCAAUGUUGCAAAAGUGUGGCAGGGCUGAUUCAAACCGUCAAUGGCUUCGUUCCUACUCUUGAAGAAGAGGGAUUGGAAGGACUGGUCUAUCGAGUUCCGUAUGGUGUGGUGCUGGGAAUUGCGCCCUGGAAUGCCCCCUGCAUCCUAGGUGUCCGCGCGUUGGUCAUGCCUCUGGCAGCAGGGAACACGGUGAUCCUCAAAGGACCCGAGGCCGCCCCAGCUAUCUUCUGGGCAAUUGCCAGUGCGUUCCACGAAGCAGGACUCCCCGCUGGAUGUCUCAAUACCAUCAUCCAUCAGCCUUCAGAUGCCUCGGAGAUCACAAGGACGUUAAUUUCGCAUCCACAUGUAAAGAAGGUGAACUUCACUGGCUCGUCAGCAGUUGGUUCUAUUGUGGCGACCCUGGCCGGCAAACAUCUCAAACCGGUGCUCAUGGAACUCGGAGGGAAGGCGCCAACUAUUGUCUGCGAAGACGCGGAUCUUCACAAAGCUGCACUUGGCUGCGCCCAAGGGGCUUUCAUCCACGGCGGCCAGGCUUGUAUGGCAACAGAACGGAUUAUUGUGCAUGAGAAGGUGGUGGACGCGUUUAGAGACAUCCUCAAGACGACUAUCGAGCAACUGUACAACGGUGAGCCGCUGAACUUGGUCAGCAAACUCCCCGUGCAGAAGAACAAGAAAAUGAUCGCCGAUGCGAUAUCCAAAGGCGCCCGAGUACUCCACGGCGAUGAGCAAUUCAGUGAUGACGUCGCCAAAAUGGCGCCCGUGGUGAUCGACAACGUCAGGCCAGGCAUGGACAUAUACUACACCGAGUCCUUCGGCCCAUCCGUGAGUCUUUUCACCGUGAGCAGCGACGAGGAAGCGCUCCAGAUCGCCAAUGACACAAUGUAUGGCCUGUCCUCGGCGGUCUACACUGAAGACCUCAGGCGAGGGUUGAGGAUCGCAAAGGCGAUAGAGACCGGCGCAGUGCAUAUCAACAGCAUGAGUGUUCACGACGAAGCCGCUUUGCCCCACGGAGGCGUCAAGCACAGUGGCUUUGGGAGGUUCAACGGCCGCGAAGGUCUGGAGGAAUGGGUUUACACGAAAGUGGUGACUUGGAAGGAGUGA